AUGGCGCCAGAGGCGAACCACGUCUGGCUCUGGCUGGGCUUCGCAGCCGUGGGAGGCGUGAUAUACAACGAGAUGGCAUACGGAGAAGAGCCGGAUCUGACAGAAGAAUCCCCACAGGUCGCCGGCAUUGUCGUCUACCGCCUCUUCUUCCACCCGCUGGCCAAGUACCCGGGCCCCUUCAUCGCCAAGAUCACGGACGGCUACCAGCUCUACCACGCCUGGAAGGGCGACCGCCAUCUGGACUUUUACAAGCUUCACAGCCAAUACGGUGCGUGGCCUACCUUGUCUCCCUCGUCAACCUCGCGAUCUUCCUACUGCCCGUGGAGUUUGCAGCAGACUCGCACCGUCAUUGUCCGCUUCGGCCCCAACUCGCUCUCCUUCAACUCGUCCACCUCGCUCAAGGAGAUCUACGGCUUCCGCUCCAACGUCCGCAAGGCCGAGUUCUACAAUGCCUUUGUCCACCCGGCGCCCAACACGCACAACGCGCGCGACAAGGACGUCCACGCACGCAAGCGCCGCGUCCUGGCCCACGGCUUCUCCGACAGCGCCAUGAAGGAGAUGGAGCGCUACAUCAUCGCCAACGUGCGGUCGUUCACCACCGAGAUCGGAAGGGGCGCCGGGCCCGAGACCAAGGGAUGGUCGACGCCCAAGAACAUGGCCGACUGGUGCAAUUACCUCGCCAUGGACAUCCUCGGGGACUUGUCGUUCGGAAAGGCGUUCCACAUGCUCGAGGCGCCGGACAAUCGGUUCGCGCUGGACUUGAUCGCCGCGGCGACCAAGAGGCAUCUUCUCUGCGGCACGAUGCCCAUCGUCGACAAGCUCAAGCUCGACAGGCUCCUGUUCCCGACCAUCGCGGCCGGCCGCGCGCGGUACAUGGCCUACAGCAAGGCGCAGCUGACGGAGCGGACGAAGCUGGGCGAGGAUACGGACCGCCGCGACUUCUUUUACUACCUCCUCAAGGCGCGCGACCCGGAGACGGGCCUGGGAUUCUCGGUUCCCGAGCUCUGGGGCGAGUCGAACCUGCUAACCAGCAUCAUCGCCGGCUCCGACACGACGUCCACGGCCAUGGCCGCCACCCUCUUCUACAUUGUCCGCAACGCCGCCGCCCUCGAGAAGGCGACGGCCGAGGUCCGCAGCAAGUUCGCCGACGUUGAGGAGAUCCGCCAGGGCGCGACGCUCAACACGUGCACCUACCUCCGCGCCUGCAUCGACGAGGCGAUGCGCCUGUCGCCCUCGGUCGGCGGGCUGCUGCCGCGCGAGGUGCUGGCGGGCGGCAUGACCAUCGACGGCGCCCACGUGCCCGCGGGCACCAUCGUCGGCACGCCGCACUACACCAUCCACCACAACGAGGCCUACUACCCGUCCGCGUACGCGUACGUGCCCGAGCGGUGGAUCGUCGGCGCGCGGAACCCGACCACCGGCCGGGCCACGACGGAAGAGGACACGGCGCGGGCGCAGAGCGCCUUUUGCCCGUUCUCGGUCGGCGCGAGGGGGUGCAUCGGCAAGGGGCUGGCGUACGCCGAGAUGUCGACGACGCUGGCGCGGACACUGUUCCUGUACGACUUGAGAAAGGCCGUCGGCGUCGUCGAUCCGGCCGAGGGGCGGCCGGAGCUGGAGGGGGGCGGAGGAGGGCGGGGGAGAUGCAGCUGUUUGACACUUUUACGAGCAUGA